CGCAGCCAUGAGGAUCCGGAGCCUCACCUUGCUGUCCUUCCUCCUCCUGGCCGCUCAGGCGCUCCUGGGGGAGGGCAAAAAGGAAGUCAAACUCAGACAUGGCAGCCAAGCCACCGCAGAUAAAAUGCACUCUCGCCAGGCCCGGAUUGAGCAGAGAAAUCAGUCGCCCAAGCGCCUGACCAAAGGCAAAUUUGUCACGCGAGACCAGGCUGAUUGCAGCUGGGCAGUGACCGAGCAGGAGAAGGGCAUUGCUCUGAAGGUCGAGUGCACCAGGCAGGACACAAAGUUUUCCUGUGUCUACACUGGCAAUCCAACCUCUUGCUUAGAACUGCACAAGAAAAGCGCGUAUUGGAAACAAAUCGCUCGGAACCUGCGGUCUCAGAAGGUCCUCUGUGGGGAUGCCAAGAGUGUGCUGAAGAGCAGGGUGUGCAGAAAGAACUUUCCAGAAUCCAAUCUCAAGCUGGCGAACUCCACUCUGAUUCAGAACAAGAAACCCCACCUGGAGGACACGAAGCUCGCAUCCAGGGAGCAGAGUGCCGUGGAAGGCAACGCUCUCUCCAGCCCGGCGGGGACCCGGACCAGGCCCACCAAGGACCCCAAGUGCUUGGACGACCCGGAUAUGGUGCAACAGAAGAGCACAGCCCUGGAGUACUGUGGGGAGCCCUGGAGCUCUCUCUGCGAGUUCUUCAUCACCAUGCUGCAGGGCACUGCGUGCUGA